CGAAAAAGGAAGACUUUCUGUGGAGCUUUAUUUCUGUUUUACAAAUCAAUGUAGGGAAAGUUUUGUUGACCAAAAAAGGAGGAAAUAAUCAGCACGGGAACCUUUACACAAUAGCUUGAGAAUGAUGGAAGAAGUGAAAGAGGCGGCAUCUUCUCUGAGCGUUCAAGGUGAUAGCAUUGCCAUCACUGAGGUGUCCAAAGAUGGAGACAAUCUGGUCUUUAUCAUUGUUUCUCAGAAGCUUUCUGGGACUGGAACGUACAUGGUGGACCGAACCUAUGAUGACUUUGAGUGGCUGCAGCAACAUCUGUUUUCUCAAGAGGAAGUGCCUGGAUUACAAGGAGUCAUAUUCCCUCCUCUUCCUGCCAAGGCUCAGGUGAACCCAUCUGCCAAGGUCAUGAAGCAGCUUGGCGUCCUGGCCCUGGGAGACUGGAGGCCGUAUGCUGUAGCCCUACAGAGGUUCCUCCGCCAGGUUGCCGCUCACAAGAUACUCAACAAAAAUACUGCGUUUGAGACUUUUUUAACCAGCACAGACCAACCAGGCCAGCAGAGAUCCAAGAAAAACCUUUUCAACCGCCUGAGUCAGGCCAUGGAGGAGAUGAGAAAAGAAGGCCACAAGGACGUAGACGACUUCUUUCAGUCCAAGCGAGAUCACAAUCAUCUUUUGACCAGCUACACCAAGAACUCAGCGGAGAGAUUCCUGGAUAUGGUGCAAACAGAGCAAAAAAUAGCGUUGGCCUUCGCACACUUCGCUGCAUCUCUUCAUCUCUGUGUGGAACCAGGAGACGAUCCAGAAAAAAAAGCUUUUUCACAGAUCUGUGUGAAACUGUCAGCCGUCUUUGAUUCCAUGAAGGAAAACAUGUCGAGUGUUGCGGACAACAGCGUCUUUACUCUUGGCCUGGGCCUGGACCUGGAGUCUCGCUAUCAGGAGGCUGAGAAGGAAAUGCUGUUCAGAAGAACCUGUAAACUGGUGGAACUGGAAACAGCUAGGAGAAAUGCAGAAAAAGCCAAACCUGUCAAGAAGCCAGUCAUGGAGGUGGUGAAGAAAGCAGCAGAGGAGGAGUUCAACCAAGUCUCCCAGGUUGCCAAGAAAGAGAUCGCGCGGUUCGAGGAAGCACGUUUGUUGAUGCUGCAGCAGGCGAUGGUUCAGUGGUGCGAGAAGCAGCUGGAAACAGCUCGAAAAAGUGCUGAGGUGUUCAAGCAGCACCUGGAAGUGUUCCGAGCCAUGGCCUUGUGACUCCAGAGGUCAACGUCAAGGUCAUGCCAAAACCACGCCCACUUAGUUCAGACAUACGUCUCAUCAAGCGAUGCGCAAUUUUUGCAUUUAUUGGCAAUGAAACUUGCAGUCACUCUGUUUAAGAUGAAGCAAAACAAUGAUAAAAGCUGUGCAAACAACAAAAAGGUGGCGUGAUUGUUUACCACCAGAGCAAACGGGAGUUAAUUGGAUAACAAUUGUAGUGGGAAGUUCUUGAGUCAGUUCUUGAGUCGCAUUUUUAUAACCGUAUUUUAGUUUAGUGACGCAUCGAUUUCAAAAGUAGCGCUUUCUUGUCACCCAACAUUCACUUUGAAGAAGCUUGUCUUCCUUGAAGGACAACGGCGACGUGCAGUGAAGAGGUUAAAAUCUUCUCAUCAUCGGAACUUUGAAGCACAGUCGCGGGUUGCAUAAGAGAUUUAUGAAUAUUAAUCUCCAAAGUUUUUCUAAUGGCUUACUGGACGUUGACAUCUUUGUCCUUGACGACUCACUGGAGUAGUAAAUCUAUUUUCCAGCAUUUAGCGGGUCUGAUCGAGAAAUGCAGUCUUUAAAAUUCUUUUCAUGUGAUGGAACAAAGUUCCCCACAAAAGUACAUUCUGACGGCAGGAGGUUGUUGAGAUGCGCAGCGUUAUUAAGCUCUGACACACUGCCAUAAAUUAGUUGCAUUAGAGCCGACAGUUUUCAGAAAAAAGCUGCCAAUAGAUCAGGAAAUAUGCCCCUGGAGCUAUAAUUAAGAAAUCACAGCGACUUGUGUCUUUCCUUUUUAAAUGUCACAGUCCUAAUAAUGUUUGGAUUUGGCUGGAGGAAACUCCAAACAGGAUGUUGCUUGAAAGCUACAAUGAACUCUGCUUAGAGUGAGGAGCAUUAGCAGUGGAAUCGACAUUUGAAAAUGAAAGUUUGACAUGCAUCUAAAUCGAACUCAAGAGACCAGGAGAGUACUGGUGAAGUGACAGCGGGUCUGUUUAAUGUGGAGACGAUGACUUGACAAGACGGGCCAGAACUCGACAAGGCUAUUACUUGAAGCUUGAGUAACUUUGAAUGACGACAGACUUGACAAGACUGGUCUUGAUCAGUUUCUUGACUUGAUGCAGAGUCUCGACUUGACAGGGCAAGACAAGGCAACUGUUUGACUACAAGAGACGGGAGUCGCCCAAACAGUUUCUUGACUUGAUGUGGAGACUUGGCGGGGUGAGACGAGACAAUGACUUGACUAGACGUGAUGGGACUCAACCAGGCUGUUACUCUGCUUGACGUGGAGACUUGACAGGAUAAGUCGAGACAAUGACUUGACUAGGAGAGACAGGAAUUGAUGAGAUGGAUACUUGACAUGGAGACUUGAGUAACUGGAAUAGAAGACAUGACGGACGAGACAGGACUCGACCAGUUCCUUGACUUGAUGCAGAGUCUUGAUUUGACAGGGCAAGACGAGGUGAUGACCUGACUAGACGAGACAGGCGCAGACAAGACAAGACAAGAGGAGAAGGCACUGACACUGGA